UUAUGGUGAGAUGAGAAGUAUAACUAAACAAAGUAAAAAGAUAAAUCCAAGCAUAAGAAUGUGGCCCGUUUUACACUUUAAUGCAAUGACUUUUUGAUACCAAUCAACCGUAUUAUAGUUCAAACUGAUUGCUAAUCCGUCCUGUGUGUUUUGUUCAUCAAGUUAACUAAGCUGCUAUUUUUGGUUAAUUUGUGACUUGAGCCACAUUUGUGUUAGCAUGGAAGGUAAUGAACUAAUAAUCUAGCGGUGAUUCGAGAAAUGCAAUAAUUGAUACCAGCAUUCUAAGCAAGGUUUAGUUGGUUAAUACUUUUCAAAGAUGGGUUCCACGGUUGGCAGUUCAUACUUCAUAUGUGAAAAAAUAUGAUCUUACCAAACACCAAUCGUUUAAAAGGUUUCUUCGUCGUAACAGUCAACCAAAGUCCUUUUCAUUGGCCAUUAAAUAUUGGUUUUGGAGAAUCCUCUUGAUUCAAGAUAUAACAACAACUUCGUGGAGACCAACAUUGAAUAGAAAAUGCGCCUCGACCUUCCUCCAUUUGUCAUAUAGAACUGUCUCAAAAUCUUGCUUAGCCGACUACUCAAACCACAGAGGAUGUGUACAAAAAAAUUCAUGGUGAUCCACUAAAGAGGUGUUACUCAAAACUACUUCUAUUUGAUGGUAUUGUGAUCCUGACAUAGAAGAAGGGUUCUUGAGUGAUAAAUAAAAUGAUUUACGACACAGUACUGGCCAAAAGCUUUAGUCGUUAUGAGCAGAAAAGGUUGGGAUAUGGAGCAUUUGUGAGCUGCUUGUUCAUAGUUUUCAGUCUUUGCACUGUGUUUAAGCCUUACUUGGGUCCUGUGCACGUGUUGAAUCUGAAGCUCUUAGUAGGUGUUGACACCAAAAUGCUGAUCACCGGCAGCUCUUCACGAAUAUCCAAAGUUGAAGGGAAAGAAACAAAGAAAGAGGAGCUACUGUGCAGUUCAGAAGAAAGAACAGAAUUUUGCCAAGCAAGGGGGGAUAUCAGAGUCCUAGGAAAAUCCUCUACUGUAUACAUUGCUUCAUCUAAGGCAACAACGUUGGAAAAAAACAUGUCACGGAGUUUAAAGCCUUAUGCAAGAAGGGAUGAUGUAGAUGCAAUGAUUCGUGUAAGAAAAUGGACAUUGAAGGAGGUGAAUGUUAACCAGAAAGUCCCCCAAUGCACCCAAAAUCACAGCAUUCCAGCUGUACUGUUUUCUACUGGAGGGUACACUGGAAACCACUUCCAUGAAUUCACUGACAUUGUUAUUCCGUUGUUUUUGACUGCUAGACAGUUCAAUGGAGAAGUACAGUUUAUCAUAGCAGAUAACCGUCCUUGGUGGAUUUCAAAGCACAAACCACUUCUUAAGAAGCUGUCCUACUAUGAGAUUAUGGACAUUGAUCAAGAUGAUGGAGUUCAUUGCUUCCCAAGGGUGAAUGUGGGGCUCAAACGGCACCAUAAAGAACUAAGCAUUGACCCUCAAAAAUACUCCUAUUCCAUGCAGGACUUCAGGGAUUUUUUGAGAAGUUCCUAUGCAUUGAAGAGAUUCCAAGCAAUAAAAAUCAGAAAUGGUCAACAUGGGAAGCCAAGGCUCAUGAUUCUUUCAAGAAAAAGAUCAAGAUCUUUCAUUAAUACCGAUGAAAUAGAAAAAAUGGCCAAGAGUUUGGGUUUUGAUGUCAUCAUUAGGGAAGCAGGGAAGAGCAUGUGGGGCUUUGCUCAUGUUGUGAAUUCCUGUGAUGUGUUACUGGGAGUUCAUGGAGCAGGUCUCACUAACAUACUUUUCCUUCCGGAAAAUGCAGUUUUCAUACAGGUUGUGCCUUAUGGUGGGUAUGCAUUGGACUGGCUUGCCACAAAUGACUUUGGAACACCCUCAAAGGAUAUGAACAUAAAGUACUUAGAAUAUAAAAUAAGCUUGGAAGAAAGCACUCUUGUACAACAAUACCCGCUAGAUCACAUGUUUAUAAAGAAUCCUCCAUUGAUUGAGAAAAUAGGGUGGCAAGAAUUUAAGUCUGUGUAUUUGGACAAGCAAAAUAUCAAGCUUGAUGUUAACAGGUUUAAGCCUACAUUGCAGAGAGCUCUUGAGCUAUUGCAUAAAUGAGUAUGAUAUGUGUCACAAUUAGGAUUUGAUCAAAUUCUUUUCUUUCUUACUGAUAUUUAUCUGUUGUUUUUCAACAAACAGCUUAAGAAUGACAGGCAGGUUAUCAUCUGAAACGAAAUUUCUGUAUUGAAAGGAAAAUUAUGUUUGUUAUGUAUUUUGAGACAUCAUGCAUUGACAAAAAGUUUAGGCUAUGUCCUAUGUUUGGGUAAAUGUUUAUUUUAGGAAAUAAUGGGUUUUCUUUUCUCAGAAGUUCUCAUGUAAAAUUAAUAAUGAUAAUGAGUGAAUUUGUAAUUGUAAAUGUAAAAACUGUUGCUUGUACUUAAGUUGAAGAGAUAAACAUGAAUUCAAUUUAAACUUUAUGUGGGACACCAUGCACCUGCUACUUCAGAAAGUGGAGUUGGUGAGAUAGAUUGUAAAUUGGUUUAGUUCUUACUUUGAAUUUUACCCUAGACAACUGUGGAGUGUUUUUAAAAAACAAUUGAAAACCUACUCUUCAGAUAACACAAGAGCUUCCAUUACCGCUACAGUCAUAAAGUCAUCGCUGUUGAUUGUUGUAGGUUCUAAAAUUAUACAACUUCUUGAUUCUUUGAUUUUCUA